AUGCGGAGGGCGCUGCUGCCGACACGAGCCAUUGUUGCCGUGCCUCUUUGGUAUGGCUGUCGCCUCUUCUCACAUGACGGCGAGAGCAGAGCAUCGGCACCUGAGAGUGCGAGCUCGACAUCAGGCACAACAGCAACAACAACAUCAGCAGCAGCAGCAGCAGCAGCAAAAGCUGGAGCAACUGCGGCCCAAACAAACACAACAGGGGGAGCAACCGCGAAACCAACGAACGCACCAGCAGCAGGAGCGGCUGAGGUGAAGGAGGAGUACAGCAUUCCCACGGCCGACAUCCUUCGGGCGGUGAAGCAACGCGAUUUUAACGCCUUUCAGUCGCAUGCCGUCGGUAUUGUUCACCACAAGUGGAAAGAGGAGCACAAUAUCCCCGCGGUCUGCCUGCUCAUCUUGUUGGUUACAUGGUACUCCGUAUCGAGUGCGCGGCGCCGUGUGGUUCGGUCCUGCAAGGCGACCGAGGCCAAGGUGAAGGAAGAAGCAGAACAGACAGUUGAGCUGGUGGGGACACUUGUUCGCAAGUGGAGGCAAGACAUUCAAAGGGCAGACCAGCACCUGCAGUUGAUACUGGAUAAGAAUAGUGAGCUGACGAAAGACAUUGACCGCAUGACAGCCGCUUUGCGUCAGUGCUACGUCAACGUGCCAGCCAGCAAAGGGGCACAGGCAAAGGAAUCGGCGCAAGAGUAG